AAGCAAAUAAUUAAGCUCAUUUCAAUGGCGAUUCAAAGGGGUGGUGUUUCCUUGAUCCUACUAGUUGCGCUCUUCUGGGCAGGCGCGGCGGCUCAGUCAAGUGACGACUGCACCAACGUGAUAAUCAGCAUGUCGCCGUGCCUCAACUACAUCACCGGAAACUCUUCGCUUCCAACGGCGGGCUGUUGUACGCAGCUCGGCACCGUCGUGAAGAACAAGCCGGAGUGCCUGUGCCAGGUUCUUAACGGCGGCGCCUCCAACCUUGGCCUAAACAUCAACCAGACUCAGGCUCUAGCCCUCCCAACCGCCUGCAAAAUUCAGACCCCAUCCGCCACCACCUGCAAAACGACUUCACCUUCCGGAGGAUCUCCAACCGGGACAUCUGGUUCUCCGAAUACUGGUUCAGGUGGAGGAUCGAAUUCUACGCCAUCUGGUGCAACUUCAAACAAGUUGGCAGCUCCUCUUGUGUUCUUCAUUCCUUUGGUUGCAUCUUAUGUUUCAACAUUCAUCAGCUGCUGAUCGAGUUCCUUGUUUCAACCUUGUAUUUUUAUUCUUUGAUUGCCUCGGUUUGGUUUGAUUUGGUUGCAUUUGCUAGAUGUUAGUCUGUUACACCUGUCUUACAAAUAAUAUAUUAUUCGUGUAUUAA